GCUUCUAAACUUCUUGGCACUCUGUUACCCUCACCAAGAGCACAAUCUGUCUAUAUUCACCAACAACAACAAAAAAAAGAAACAUGAGGGACUUGCAAGGAAGCCGAGUGGUGACGGGGAACCAAAUCAUCACCCAGGCCACCGUGGUUGUGGAGAGGCUCCAAACCCCGGAGGGCAUGCUCGCGCUGAUAGAGCUCUACGUGGGCUCGGUCGCCUUCCUGCUCCUCUUCCUCGCAGCUUUCGGCUCAUUGAGGCGUCGGAACAACAACCCGAUGCUCAAGGUCGUGCUGUGGGCCGCGUACACUCUCUCGGGCUACUUGAUAACGUACACGCUCGGGCUAAUGCGCGAAUCCCCGUUCCGCAACCCACUGUUCCCGCUGUGGGCGACUUUCUUGAUGAUCUUUCUCGGAAGCUCAAACUCUUUCUCUGCAUACAGUCUUGAGGACAAUGAGCAGUGGAAGAAUUAUGCUUGGCAACACUUAGUCACGUUCAUAGGGUUACUAACAUUGUGGACACUCUAUCUGACCACCAUGCCGUCAAGGCUGGCGGUUUUCCUGCUCUAUUUCGUCCUCCUAGUGCUGAAGACAACAGAGAGAGCACUGUCGCUCGUGCCGGUGAGCGUGUUUGGCCGGCACCGAUUAAUAAAAUGGGUCGCGGAUCAUAUGAGCUCCAAGCGUCGUUGCCCGGAUCCCAGCGAAGUCGAUCCCAUCACUAUGAAAGGAUACAAAUAUGUGGUGAAAAUGAGUCGGACCUUACUCGAGAAAAUCUUUGGUGAAGUCGGAGCACCAAAGCCAAAUUCCAAUAUGGUUUCAGAAGACUACGAGGAGGAAGUCAUCACCAUAGAAAAGGUGUGGGCGUGCAAAGGGCGGCUUUUGAGCUCAAGCGGGGGUGACCGGGAUGACAAGCUCAAGGAUAUUUGCCUCUCUUAUGCGCUCUACCUGCUUCUCCGUUUGAAAUUUUCGCGCUACUUGUUGCCAGAAGAAGCUCAUCAGACGGCUUGGCGCUUAAUUCGAGAAGGAAUUCUUCAGAAAGAAGAUGAUGGGUCUGAGCGAGCAUUUCGAGUCGCUGAAGUCGAGCUUACCUUUCUUCACGAUUUUUUCUACACCAAUUACCCCGUCAUUUUCCAAGCGCGCCUUUGGCCGCUGAAAGUGGUGGAGCUUUUGUGUUUGAUCAUGGGCACAAUGCUAACAGUAGUAUUCCUGAUGCCCAAGACCACAAAGCCCCAAGGUAUUUUUGUCCAAUUGGUGACAUCCGAUGGGUUGAGCAUCGACGUUCUCAUGACUGCGGUCUUUCUCCUGGUAUUCAUAUGUGUUGAGCUUGUUCAGCUCUUUCUAAUGGCUAUCUCCGAUUGGGCGAAACUUAGAUGGCUUUGCAACUACGUGAAAAAGGAGUCGUGGCACGGGAACAAGCCCAUGGAGAAGCUGAUAGGACUAAUAUGCCGGGUACGUUUGAAGCCUUGGGAAAGGAAACUUCGCCAAUACUCUUUUCUCGAAUCGUACAAUUACGUCCCUUCUAGAUUGCUCUACAAUUUCUGCACAAUCAAUUUCAUCGAUGUGGUUCGGAGCGGUCAAAAACAAGGCGCUCCUGUUGAAUUGUCGAAUGAAGUGAAGAAGGCUGUGUUUCAUUCUCUGAAGAACAGUAACGGAAAAUUGGAGAAUGGACAAGCUUCUUUGAGACUAAACAAUGUGUCAGAUGAGCUCUCUUGGGCAUGCCAGCUCAAGACGCAAACUCGUGUUAUAAUGGUUUGGCAUAUUGCUACGAGCUUUCUUGAGCACGAGCGGCCGUCGAAUGAAGAUCCAAACUUCCACGUAGCGACUAACUUGUCCAAAUAUCUUGCCUAUUUGGUGGCAUUCGCCCCGAGAUUGCUACCCGACCACCUUUAUGACGCGGAGAACGUGUUUGACCAAAUAACCCGCGAAGCUCGGGAGGUGCUUGAGGGGUACAAGAAAUAUGAAGCAAGAAUCAAACGACUGACGGAGAUUGCGAAAGAACCAGAGGAUCCGGAUACGGUUAUGAAUCGGGGCGCUUGGUUGGGGAAUCAAUUGCUUGGAAAGGACGUGCAGCUUAUUUGGAAGAUACUGGCGGAGUUUUGGGCCGAACUUACGUUAUACGUGGCUCCAUCCGACGAUGCAAAAGCGCACGUUGAGCACUUGGUAAUGGGAGGGGAGUUUGUGACUCACUUGUGGGCUUUGGUCUCUCAUGCCGGCCUACAGCGAAAGCCUCUUAGCGAUGCAAAUAUGGCAUAGCUAGGGGAGCGCAUUCUUGGCAGCUACGUUAAUUGUACUUUCGACCUACACAGGUUUCUUCGUUUACUCCCAUUCAGGAAGAUCUCUUGAGCGGAUGGAAAACAAUUCGUGCGUAGGAUUACAUCUUGUCUAGCUGACUUUGUUGUUUUCUCGGAGUUAGUUUCAGAUAAACCAGCUUGCAAUGAUCGUUUCCGAGAUCUUGAGAAUUAAUUGUAUCAGCAAGAAGAAACAUUGAGUGGUUCUAGAGAGCAGUUUGAAUUGGGUCAGGAGGGUCCAUGUACUUAAUGUAAUUCAGGUGACAUGGCUUGCCAAUAUUUCAUUGAGUGAUCCAUC